CCCUGGUCUACGCCAGGAACCUUAUGGUGCUUGUCCAGAGAGACCAGCUAACUAGAACCGAUUGCUCCGAAGAUGGACGAUGCGGAAAUUUUCUCGCACCGAAGGUGCUUUCACUGGGUUCAAUUAGCUUCCACAUAUGAAUGUUACAAAUCCUGCUGCGCUCAAGCUGUCGACUUCGUGUGUCGUCGGCCACAAGAAGCAUAAUGUCCGCUGCGACAGCCCGACCGACGUUCGAAUUUUCCGCCAGCCAAUGAAGCUUACACGGCAUUCUAUGCUGAAGGAAAUUGCGACAGUGCGCUGUCAAACGAAGCUACUGGCCUCGCAUGCAUCACAUGCCGCUUCUGGGCCCCACCGGGACGCAGCUGGAAACCGCACAGCAACUGCGGCAGUGGCCGUAGCAACUACAGGACCUCUUACUGCUGGCGCCCUGGCGGGUUCUCCAACCAACGGUCUCGCCCUAACCGCCGCUCCCGCUCGCGCCAAAGCCAUUGCUUCGCGCGGUCCAGCCCCGCGCCCUGGCGCCGCUCCACAGCUAGGCAGCAGCACGUGUGGAACCGAACGCGAUGCCGUACACAUCGCCGUCGUGGGAGCGGGGCUGGCGGGAGUAGCCGUGGCCUGGCAGCUGCUGCGCACGGCACCUGCAGGCCGCCCUGUCGUACUGCACCUGUACGAUGCUGCCGGCAUCGCCGCAGGGGGCUCCGGAGCCGCUGCCGGGCUGCUGCACCCUUACAGUCCGAGGGGCAAGCUGCUGUGGCGGGGUGAGGAGGCGAUGGCGGUGGCGGAGGAGCUCGUAGCGGCGGCGGAGGCUGCGGAGGCGGAGGCGGGGGAGGCAGGCGGAGCGGAUGCCGCUCGACAUCCACCCCCACCCCCACCAUCACCGAGUGAGUGCUGCACCUCCUUCGUGUGGCGUUACGGGCUGCUGCGCCCUGCAGCCAGCGCCAAGCAGGCAGCGGACUUCGCGCGAGCUGCCGCUGCCGCCGCUUCCGCCGCUGCAGCUGCGUCAGGUGGUGUAGCUGCCCGGCAGGAAACGUGGCAGGAGGCGUCAUCGUGUCCGCCGGGGGCUGCCGGGGCUGCUGGGGGAGGUGUGGGCGGGGGCAGUGGUGGCGGCAGCGACAGCGGCGACGUGAGCGGUGGGGGCGUGCGGACGCUGACGGCGGAGGAGAUGCGGGCCCUGCUACCCGGGCUCAGACCGCCUGCGGAACACCUGCCGCAGCAGCAGCAGCCACAGCAAUCGGAACCCUGUGAGGGCGGCCGCACCACCCCGGGUCCAGGUGCCUCCCCGGGCGCCAACCGGAGGGCCCGGCGGGCCGCCGCUGCCGCUGCUACUGCCGCUGCCACGAUCUCGUCAGCGGACGCCAGCAAGCACGCUGGACUGCUCAUACCACGGGGUCUGGUGCUGGACGUGGGGCGCUACCUGCGGGCCCUGUGGCGGGCAUGCCAGGCUGAGGCGGCUGCCCGCGGGGACGGCAGCGCCGCCCGCCUGCUCCUGCGCCGCGUGGAGUCGCUAGAGGGGCUGAGGUGGGG